UACUACUACUACUACCUAGUGUAGUGGGGCCUAGCCUAGUACUAGCAAGGCCAACCCUAGCAAUCAGAAUACUGUGUAUUGAAUUGAAAUAUAUUUGUAUUAGGCCUAGGCCUAGAGUAAGAAUGCCAGUCAUGUCGCCCCCUUCUAAAGUCGACCCCUGCAAAGUUUCCCUCCUAACCAUGUUCAGUGUAUUCAUUGAAUCAUUAUUCUAAAUAACGAACACUCAUAAAACAUUCAGACUUUCCAACCCAUGGAGCUCAAAAUUCAGGAGAGUGCAGUGGAAAGAUUAAGAUUUUCCAGAUAGAAAAUGGAAAAUAGACGAUUAGUACAAGAGUGGCUUACAGAAUAUAAGUCGCUGUCUUCAGGUGCUAUUCCUCAGUAUGCUAGUAAACUGAUAAAAAAUGAGCAAGUAGUUGAAGCGCUUUUGACAGUUCUUGAAGACCAAUCUUGUGAGUUAUUUGAUCCUGUGUGUAGUCAGUUGUAUGAGUUCUAUCGCUCUGGAGAGCAAGAUCUUAGAAGAUUCUGCCUUCAGUUUGUCCCAACUUUGAUCUGGCUGUAUUUAUGGGCUUAUUCAACCAACAAGAAUUCUGGUCGUAUUGAGACUCUGUUGUUGGGUAUUUACAAUCUGGAAGUUGUUGAUAGCUCUGGUGAUGCACAAGUCAGCUCAUAUACAAUACCAACCCUGUCAAAGCCAUCUAUCUACCAUGAGCCAAUGAAUCAGAUGGCAUUAACAGAAAGUUUGUUGUCGUAUCAACGAUCGGAUCAUCGAACGGUAACUCAGGGUCCUUUUCCACAGAUUGAAGCCAUUGAUUCACAAAAGAGGUUGGAUGUUUUGAGAUUUGUAUUAAGUGAGUAUAACAGCAGCAUUGGACUCAUGUAUUCCUCAUCGCAUAAGGCCAGCUGCUUGAUGUGCUCACGGUUGUGCUCAACAGGUUUUGCAGAGAGGCCAUCCAGCAUGAUGAAUGGCAAUUUAGAGCUUCACUUAGAAAAGUUGCCAAAUAGAAUCCAACUCAGCUCGCAAUUUAUGGUAGAGAUGCUAACGGCAGUCUAUUUUUGUAUGUUUAAUGGUUUUUCAGAUCUUGGCAAAACUGCGCUGGAAGAUGCAUAUGUUAGGGCAACCUACGAACUUUACUCUGAUGUGAUGUUGAUGGCAAACGCUAUCAAAAACUCAUUGGCGUCGAACCCUUCAGGGCAACCAGGUGAUGGACCAAUCGGAAUUAAUGUAACUGUGAAUCCUGUGUCACCUAAGGUUAGGCGGACUGCUAUUACUAAUGCAUCCUUCAAGGCUAGUCGAAAGAAAGCCAAGCCUGUCUCAGAUGAAACAACUGUGACAGUUACAGUGGAGAGCGUGCGCAUUUCUCAGAGCAUCAUGGAUGAACUGGAAGGGUCGAGUCAUUCAGACGCUGAACAACCAAAGCAGGUAGAUAGCAAGGUCGAGGUUCAAAUCAUUGACCAGUCUGGCAACCAAACUGUUGAUUAUAUUCAAUUACCAAAUCAAAUCAAAUCAAAUUUAUCUUCCAAAUUAAAUAAUUCUGAGAAAAAUGAUUCAAAAGGAAGUGUAGAUAAGUCAACCUCUAGCUUGAAUUCUGAUGGUAGUGAUGGUAAACCACGACUGUCACCGGCUAGUCAUUCACGAGAACUACCCCUCAAGGAUUCAAGAAACUUGCAGGAUCAUGAGACAGCUUUGUGAACCAUUAUAAAAAUAGUAUUUAAUAAUAAAUAUGCAUCUUUUAUCAGCAGAUUGCGCUUGAAGUUUCAAUACAGGCAAAUCUUCCAUUUUUAUUUAAAACAACUGAUUUUCAGUAACUGCAAAAUUCUAUGAUAAAUUUAUUAUUUACUGCAUAAAAAAGUAGUAUAGUAGUAAAUAAUUAAUAUAAUAUAAAUUAUAAAAUGCAUAUUUUUACUUUGUGUCUAUUACAAAUGUUGUAAUUGUUAUGGACCUUUACAUUAAGCCCCGCCCCCUGGAUGUUAGUCCACAAAAGAAGCGUAAUGUGUAUAAACGCAUGUGUUGGUGGUACAUGUGUGUUUUUAUGACAAGCACAUAUUCUUUGCAAUAUUUUGAUUGGUCAGUUAAGGCUGAUUGAUACUCAAAAAUGUUCAUUAUGAAUCUGUUAAUAAGGCAAUGUUAUUUUUUUUUGUAAAUGUUGCUAGACAAAUUGAGGUCACAAUUCACUUCUAGCAGCCAAUGGCAUGUCAGUAAAUUGACAUGCCAGUCAGCUGCAUCCUGUAAAAUUUUUUUAUCAAGAAGUAGAAUGACUAUGUAUAACCCCUAGAAUGCUUUGUGGACAUGUGGUGCUGCCUGUUAUAUCGUGCUAUAGAAUCUAUUAAUAUUGGCAAUUAUUAUUCCCUGGUUUGGAGAUCUGUUCAUUUUCGGGGAGUGUUUUAGGAAACAAUGGCAAUAGUCAGUUUUUUUAUAUCCAGUAACUUGGUAUGUUGCAAAAUUUAAAGUGAACCAAAAUCUAAUGUAAUAUCUUGUUUCUUUUACACCAUGUGUAAUGAUAUAGUAUACAAAUAUUGACUGCUGUGAUAUGGGCCAAAGCCCCGAGGGAACAUAAGCUACAGGCUCGACAUCAUCGAGGGGCUAUAGAUUUCACCAUUCCCCAAAUCUAGAGCAGUCAAUAUUUGUUUUAUAUACCUCAUAUGUAGAUUCUACAAGACCUAAACAAGUAAUGAAAAUAAUACACACCAAGUAGGGCUAGGCUUGCUUCCUAGGCCUCGACGAUCGAAGGACCAAUCUCUGUCAGCAUCGUAGAGGUCACAUCUCCGUUCGUGAAUACAUAAAUACAUAGCAACAUGGCCUAGAGAUUGCACAUCGUGCAGCAGGGAAAAAAGUACUAUCCCAUAGGGGAAUAGUACUUUCUAUUGCCCUCUUCUUAACCAAAAAAAUGCUUAGAAUCUAUGUAUGCGGUACAUAAUAGUGAAUAUACAUAAAAUAUGAAAACAAUGUUAGCUAUCAUAUGAUACAAUUUUUCUUCUGUUUCCCCUAAUAGCAAUUAAAUUUAUAUUUGCUGAAGUGUUUAUUUAAAGCAUUGAAUAUAACCAGAGAACUCAUUAUUAAAUUAUGUUUUCAUGUGCAAUGUAACAGUUUAUUGUAAUCAAUAAUGAUAUUAUAUAAAUUUAUUAUAUUUGCUAAUUGUAUAAAUUCAAUUGAAUAUUAUGUUGAUAGCUAUAAUGCUUAUCAGAAUAGCUCCAAUGCUCAGACUAUGCAUUAUUUUGAAACAAAAUUUGUGAUAGUCAAACGUUAGUGACACUACAUUUCUAUUGGGUCUUAAUGCACAAUUCCUCACAAAUAAUUAACUAGUAAACCAAAGCCAAGUUGAAUAGAAGAAUAAAUAAUGGAAUGGAAAAUAAAACAGCAAUAAAAAGACAACUUAGGAAGCAUAGCAUACAAAGUUACUGAUGAUGUAAUUCAAGGGUUUGUUUUUCAGUGCAACAUUUCACUUACUAUUUAAAAGUGCUUGGUAUGAAUAAAGUACUAUACCUUAUUUAUUGCUCUUUCUUUGUAUUACAGCUAUACUUCAUCUCACUCAUAUAUUGAAGAUGUCCCCAUGUCAGCAAAAAACUUUGUCUUGUAAAAAUAUCAGUUAAAAAAAUUGUCUGCAUAACAGGAAGCUUUUUGUUCCGCAGCAGUCAUUAGAGUAAACACGAUGACUGACUGGUGGAUUGCAUAUUCCCCUAUGAAUAUUCCAAACCAUUUACAGUAGGUCAAAACAUUAAAAUUUGUAUAAUGUUAUCAAUACUUUAGCCAAUGGUCAAUGUAAUGGUGCAUGCAAAUUGGAGGUUUAUUCUGAGAUUAGUUGGAUUUUUUGCUCUAAUCAUUUUAAUAUCGAUUUUUGUUUGUAUAUAUCUAGAAAUUGGAUAUUCUCCCUAAUUCUGAAAGUGAUGUAUAAAUAGUGAGUAUGGUAAAUGUUGGACUCAUUGUACUGUAUUCUUGCAGUAGGGAUUUGGAUGUUUUUAUCAUUUACUUCUUUGCAUUAUAUUUAACCAUCAUUAAAUUUUGUGUUUUGAAAAUGUCUUCAGCAUUGUACCAUGUAGUUACUUUUGUAGUCUAGGUUUCGUUUAUGUGUGUGAUAACCAGUGGUGGCUCCAGAAAUUUUACCGACAAGGGAAAUUCAAGCCUCAGUCAGAGUCAUGGAAUAAAAUUCCUUAUGGAGUUCAUGUGGAGGUAUUUAAGCAUGGCCUAUAAUUGUGCUGUAUUAUUAAUGUGUUGGAAAUCACAAUAAUUUUGUUGGAAUUCUGUGCCUAUGUGACGUUGGGUGGGGUGGGGAGGCAAUUCUCCCAGAUCCCCACUGGUGCCACCACUGAUGAUAACACAAUUCAUGGAUACUCUGCAUCGUUGGGUUCUUCAGUUUGAUUGUUUAAAUAACAUUUUUGGUUGCAGGGGUGUUGUUUUUGUACCAGUUCAUGUUUGUAGUAAAUAUUACAAUUGUUUAUUGUAUUA